AUGCCUAUCCGUGAUUCUGGAGAUGCUCACAAAGCCUUGGAACUUCUGGAAGAAUAUCAUUCACGAUUAACUUCUCCUCAUGAUAUUGAAUUACGAAAUGCAAUCGAAAAAAUUAUUACAACUUUUAAAACGAAUCUUUUUGAAACACUUAUAGAAAUUAAAAACUUUUACGAUGUUACAUUAAUGAGUACCAUAAAAACAUCUGAUCAAAAACUUUCUGAAGCCAGAAAUAUGGCUGAUAAAUGGAAUUCAAAUCCACCAUUUUCAUUUCGUAGAAAUGGUUAUGGUAUUGAUAAUAUUUCAUCAUCAUCAUUCUCUCAACAACAAACAACAGAUUUCCUUUCAAGGAAUGUAAAUGAAGAUUUUAAUGCAAAUACAAACAUUAAUUCUUAUAACAAACCUAUUACUACAGAUAGUUGGAAUACAACAACUAAAACAAUAGAACAUUCUAAUAGUUAUGGUAGAAAUUUAAAUAAUCCUCCUUACAAUACUAUGAUGACAUCUACAACAACCAAAACAACAUCUAAUGGUUAUUUAAAUCAAGAUGAUAGUAAAAAUUGGGAAAUUGAACAUAUUGUUUUAGAAAAAGGACAUACUGGAUUAGGAUUUUCAAUAACUGGUGGUUCUGAUCAAAUAACAGAAAAUGGUGGACCACAUGUUUAUGUUAGUGAUAUCACACCUGGAGGUGCUGUUGCAGCUGAUGGUAGAAUAAAGAUAAAUGAUAUUAUUCUUAAAAUUAAUAAUACUGAUUGUACAAAUGUACCACAUGAAGUUGUUGUUAGAGCAUUAAGAGAACCAGGAAAUUUAGUUAAACUUGUUCUUAAAAGAAAAAUUAAUAUUGAUGAUAGAAUUACAUCAUCACCAAUGAAUGGUAAUUAUAAUAUAUCACAAGGAAUAACUCAACCACCACCACCACGUGUACCAUCACAUUCAUCAUUAUCUGGACUUCCACCAAUAACAAGAAGUAUCUCUGAAAUAGAAAGAUUAGAAAGAAUGCCAGGAGUUAAAAAAAUUGAAUUAUUUAAAGGUACAAAAGGUUUAGGAUUUUCAAUUGCUGGUGGUGUUGGUAAUGAACAUGUACCAGGUGAUACAGGAAUAUAUAUAACAAAAAUAAUUUAUGAUGGUGCUGCAUAUAAUGAUGGUAGAUUACGUGUUGGUGAUAAAAUUAUAUGUGUUGAUGAUACACCACUUGAAAAUGUUACACAUGAUUUUGCUGUACAAACAUUAAAAUCUACAGGAAAUAGAGUUUUAUUAUUAUAUUAUUCAAAUCCACAUCCUGAAUUUACGGGAGAAUCAUUAAAUGAUGUUACUAGUGGUAUUAUUAGUAAUGGUGGAACACUUAGAAAUUCUAAUAGUUAUCAUAAUUUAUCAGUAUCUCAAACACAUUUAAAUGGUCAUAUUAAUUAUGGUAAUGAAUUUCCAACAUCACCAAGACAUGUUACAUUACUUAAAGGUAAUCAAGGACUUGGUUUUAAUAUUGUUGGUGGUGAAAAUGGUGAACCAAUAUACAUAUCAUAUGUUUUACCAGGUGGUCUUGCUGAUCAAUCUGGUAAUGUUAGAAAAGGAGAUGUAUUAUUACAAGUUAAUGGUGUUAAUGUUCAAAAUGCUUCACAUGGUGAGGCAGCACUUGCAUUAAAAAAUGCUGUUAAUCCUGUUACAUUAACUCUCCAAUAUCGUCCACUUGAUUUUGAGGCUUUUGAAAGAAAAUUAGAAAGAUUAAGAAAUGAUAUGAUUGCAGCAACUGAAAAUAUUAAUCCAUUUAUUGGUACAAAUAUUAAAAAAGGUGAUCUUUUUGUAAGAGCACUUUUUGAUAAUGAUUCAUCAAUUCAAAGUGGUAAUCCACAUCGUGCAUUAAGUUUCCAAUAUGGAGAUAUUCUUCAUGUAAUUAAUGCUAAUGAUGAUGAUUGGUGGACUGCUAAAAAAGUUAAUGAUUUUGGUGAAGAUAUAUCUGGAGAAGGUAUAAUACCAUCAAAAAAAAGAGUUGAAAAAAGAGAAAGACAAAGAAGAAAACAAGUUAAUUUUAAUCAAGGUAGUAUGAGUUUAGGUAGAAAUGGUAUGGAAGGAAGAAGAGGUAGUAGAAGUCAAUUAAGUUUUUCAAGAAAAUUCCCAUUUGUUAAAAGUACAGAAAGACUUCAUGAAUUAGCUGAACAAGAAAUUAAUACAAAUGAAGAACCAAUAUUUUCAUAUGAACCAGUUGAGUUACAACAAAUAUCUUAUGUACGACCAGUAAUCAUUCUCGGAGCAAUGAAAGAUCGUAUAAAUGAUGAAUUAGUAACAAGGCAACCAGAUAGAUUUUCUUCAUGUGUUCCACAUACAUCAAGACCACCAAGACCAAAUGAAGUUCAUGGUAGAGAUUAUUUCUUUGCUACAAAACAACAAAUGGAACAAGAUGUUAAAAAUAAUAUGUUUAUUGAAGCUGGACAAUAUGAAAAUAAUCUUUAUGGUACUAGUAUCAAAGCUGUUAAAGAUGUAUCAGAAUCUGGUUUACAUUGUAUACUUGAUGUUAGUGGUAAUGCUAUUAAACGCCUUCAAAAUCAAGCUAAUAUUCAUCCAAUUGCUAUAUUUAUUAAACCACAAAGUUAUCAUCAAUUACAAGAUUGGGAUCCAAUGUUAACUGAUGAAGAAGCUAGACGUAUGUAUAGUAGAGCUAUGAAAAUUGAACAAACAUUUGGUGAUCUAUUCACUUCUGUUGUUUGUGGUACGACACCUGAUGAAGUAAUGCAUAAAGUUAAUCAAGCUAUAUAUGAAAAUUCAAAAUCACAAGCCUGGGUACCAGCCAGAGGUGUACAAUUGUAA